AUGACGGUAGUGAUAUUAAUCGAAUUCAUUCUCGUAUCGUGCAUGUUCCUGUUAUUCGAUUUUAGAGUAGAUUAUUAUACGUUCCCGAUGAUAUUUCACGUGUUGAGGUUGAUUUUCGAUAAUUUUUUAAUACUGAACGUCGCAAUGAAUUGUCUAACGGGAUAUUACGAUGAGCCGAUGCAGAAAGUGGUCUUAGAUUUCAAGUCUAUUAUGAAGCAUUAUCUGAAAACCAAUCUAGUGCAAGACGUGUUAUCAGCAAUGCCGACGUAUUUCGAUAUAUUCCUGCACCUUCAUAUAAAACACAUGGCGAUUUUGCUAUGGUUAGCAAUGUUUAGGUUCUUAUUGAUCCGAUCAUUAACAGGUUAUUCUAAAAUCUUAGCUAACUACUUUCACAUUAAUCAUUUUAAGUAUAUGACCACGAUGGUUGUCUUGUAUAGCGUUUUGUUCUGGCAUGUUGCCAGUUGUGUUAUCGAGUUUAUAAGAGCAAAUAUUAUUUACGCAAAAAGACGGGAAGCUUUUAACGUUGAGGGACCAGAUGGGUACAAGAUUCCUAAUAAUAUUUGGAUUAAAUACGUAAAUGUGCUCCAUCACAACUCGUUGUUGCUGUAUAAUGCAGGAUAUGGCCAUUCUAAUCCUAAAACGCAGUUGGAAAUUGUCCUAAUUUACGUUGUUUGGUACGGAUCAAGCCUUUUUUGCAUCUAUAUUUUAGGGGUAUUCUUGGGCUAA